UGGAUCACGUGACACAGGAAGAACGCGAAACUACAGAGAUCAGAAAAGAGAACGUCCUGUCCGAUAUCUCCUGUUCACAUAAAUGCACUUCAUAUGACAGUAAUUGGCUACAGUAUCCGUAGUCUUAAUCUCAAACGAUGGGAAAAGAUCGCGCUCAUCCCUGCCUCGGAAUGGUAGUUUACGGAUAAACACCGCCGGUUCAAUGGCCGCCACGGCGGGGAGCGAAGCCCGUACGACCGGCCCUGGCGAGGGGGCAGUGGGGGGACCGCCAGGGGCACUGCCUCCAAUCCGCCCGCAUAUCCUUUCUUCGGCAGCCACCACUGCUUCCCCGGGGUCUCUAAUGGUGGAAUCGGUGGAUGAUGCGGAGGGGCUUUAUGUCGCGGUGGAGCGGUGUCCCCUCUGUAACACAGCCCGUCGCAGGCUCACUUGUGCCCGCUGCAUUCAGACUGGUGAUUUCGUUUACUUCGAUGUUAGAGACCCUGAACGGUACACUGAAAAAUUUGAAAGACUGAAAAAGCUGAAGGAUGAAAAAGAAGACCUACAACAAAGAGUUAUGAAGGCCAUGGACAAGAAGAUUCAGGCUGAUAAGCUUAAGUGGACGAUCAUGUCAUGCAGGAUGAAAAUUGAGCAGCUGAAAGAAGCCAUCCUCAGUGGACAGGAGGAAGUCAAGAGUGGUAAGGACCUGUUUUUGCGCUCCCAAGAGGAAGGCCAGAGGCUGCAGCGGAGAGCCAGCCGGCACCAGGACAAGAAGGAGAAGAUUGAGCGGCACAACCGGCGCCUGGGCGAGCUGCUGGAGAAGAAGGGCCGGGAGCUGCAGGGCCGUCUGGACCAGCAGGCCGAGAUCCGCCGCGGACACAUCCUGGAGCUCACCACCCACAUCUUCCCCAUGCAGGAGGAGAAGCUGGGCACCAGGGACCCAGCGGACGUGGUAGCGGAGUGUGACCUUGCCCUGACCUCCAGCACGGUCAGCGAGCUGGCCGAAGCCCGCCGAACCACCUACAUGUCAGGCCGCUGGAUCUGGGAUGACCAGAACGGUGAAACCAGCAUCAGCAUCACAGGCCCACGGGUCAUGCUGCCUAGCAAUGGGGACUGCUCUGCAUACUACAGCUGGGUGGAGGAGAAGAGAACCAGCCAGGGUCCUGAGCUGGACCAUAUUAACCCCGCCCACACCAUCAGCACUGCCCUGUGUUAUGCAACCCAGCUCGUCACCAUCCUGUCCCAUAUCCUCGAUGUCAACCUUCCCAAGAAGCUUUGCAACAGUGAGUUCUGUGGGGAGAAUCUGAGCAGGUACAGAUUCACUCGCGCCAUCACCAAGCUCAACACCAACAUCCUGCACCUCUGCUUCUCCCAGCAUGUAGACAGCGACCUGCUUCACCCCCACCACACCCUCAGGAACAUCAUGUUUCUGGUUGCCGCUGACAACAAGAACCUGGGCAGGACGGGCCCAUUCGAGGUGACGGCGGAUCUGGAGGACUCCAUGGAGUUUGUGGAGCCGGAGGCGGCGGGCCCGGCCGAGGAGAGCGGGGACGAGGCGGUGUCGGACGAGGAGACCGACCUGGGGACGGACUGGGAGACGGUCCCCAGCCCGCGCUUCUGCGACAUCCCGUCCCAGCCCAUGGAGCUGUCGCAGAGCGCCGCCCUGCAGGCCUCCCAGCCCAGCGCCAACGCCGGCGGCAUGAUCUCCUCAGCCGCUGCCUCCGUCACGUCCUGGUUCCGCGCCUACACCGGCCAGCGCUGAGGGCCCCAAAGACCGGCCUCGUGCAGGUCUGUGUGUGACAGGGGCUUUGGAGAUCUUAUUUUAUAAAAAAUAAAAAAAAGACUGUUCCUACUUUUAAAAUACUUUUUUUGCUGGCUUCUCCCAUGUGACAUGUAGCCGUGACAUCUGGAUUACUGUUGGAUGUAACCCAUCGGAGCUCUAAUACAUUUCUAGGUUAUUUUAGUUUUUUUCUUUGCGUGUCUGAGACUGCUGAAGAAUUUUUGAACUGAAGUAUUUGACAACUGUGAAAUUACGAUUUCAGACUCAUGGUUUCACAAGCAAUACUUUGGAUGGGAUGUUAAAAUGUGACAGGCCGCUUGCGUACUGUAUGCAGAGCAAAGUGUGCACGACACCAAGGCAACUGCCAAACUCCUGAGGCAACGGCAGUGUUGAGGAGCAGAACAGUUCCAGCGUGUAAAGGAUGUUGAUCAAUGUUAUUUGAAAGGUUUCCAGAAAAUGGGUGAUUUUGACAUUGUAUAGUUCUUAUACACUUUAUCUGCUGCCAUAAAUUGUCUGAUUUGAAUGUU